AUGGACCCCGUCGACCUGCUUGCAGUUGCGGACGACCGUGAAACGGCAGAAAAGCCUGAGCUCCAGAGAGACGCCCCAGACCCCUCGACGCUUUCCCCAGAAGAGUCGCGAAGUGAGGCUGGUCUCCAGUCGCCUGGCGCGGCUUCCUUCUGCAAGUCGGAGGCGACGCCAAACGGCAGAGACGGCAUACGCGAGACGAAGAAACCGGCGGCGUUUGCUGCCCUCGAGCCUCUGCGGAAAGGGAAGAGAAAGCGCAGGGAGGGUCGCCAGGAGAAGCGGGAAGCACUAGAGCAACAGUUGCGAUUGGCGCACGAACAACAGAUGCAGCAGAGGAGUCAGGACUCGACGAAAGCUCGGGACGAAGGACUGAAAACACAGUGCGCGAAAGCGAGGAAGACGCAAACACCACAGCCAGAAGGAAAACAAGCAGACGGUAACUGCGCCAAACGCAAACUCGCAGAGGAGAAUGCAACAGCCUCAGCUCAGACAUGUUGCCAACUUGGGGAGUGUGAGGACCGCGAGAGUGAGAUCAAGGAGGCCAGACAAAGUGGCGAUUCUUCUUCUCCGUCUUCUCCGUCUCCCCCCUCUUCUUCUUCCUCUUCUUCUUCUUCUUCUUCUCCCGUGACGUAUGCGCCUCUGCUGGCAACAUCUCAGAUCCGGAGAUCCGAGGAAGUGGAGAGGACGCGCCUCGCGUUGCCGGCUGCGGAAGUGGAGAGCAAAUUCGUGAGUUUUUCCAGCCAGCACCGACACCCGCGGCGCCAAGAAGCGGACGAUGUUGAUUCGGACGAACACGACGGCUCGGUUUCUGGGACAGACGUGGAGGGCCAAGAGGACGAGGAGGCGAACAACCGAGAGGAAGCCGGAGAGCAGGGGAAGCAGCGCAGGGAUUUCGCAGAUUGGCGGCGUCGCUUGGAGCUGAAGGAGGAGAGAACGCGAAGGCGCGAAAAAAUGAUGAAGACGCGGAGGCAUGCAGACGUCAUAUGCGUGUCAGGAGAAACAGGGUCGGGGAAGAGUACGCAGAUUCCCCAAUUCCUCUUUGAGGCCGGAAUCUGCUACCCCACGCUCCACCUCCCUGUCACACCUUCUGCCGCAACCAGCGCGUCUUCUCCGUCUUCUCGCGUCGUGUCUUUGCGGCUGAAGAUCGGCGUGACGCAGCCCCGUCGCGUAGCCGCUGUGAUGGUGGCGCGACGCGUCGCUCAAGAGCUCGGAUCAGAAAAGCUCGUUGGCUACCACAUUCGCCACAAGAGCGAGAAUCUCGGCCCCGAGUGCCGCAUCAAAUUCAUGACGGACGGCGUCCUGCUCAGGGAAAUUCAGCGCGACUUUCUCUGCUCGGAGUACGCAUGCAUCAUCAUCGACGAGGCCCACGAGCGCUCCGUGAACACGGACUUGCUUAUUGGUCUUCUCUCGCGUGUCGUGAAGCUCCGCCGCAGCAAGUUCGAGGCCGGUGAAGUGCCGCUCCCUCCGCUCAAACUCGUGAUCAUGUCCGCCUCGAUGCGAGCGAAGGACUUCACCGAAAAUCCCCUACUGUUCUGUCCCCCGCCGGCGCUCCUCUCCAUUCCAGCCAAGCAGUUCAAAGUGGCGUCGUUCUUCUCGAGACGCACGCCGGAGAACUACGUGGACGCGGCUAUCAAGAAAUGCAUACAGGCUCACUGCAAGCUUCCGCCGGGGUCGAUUCUUCUCUUCGUGACGGGCCGCGAAGAAGUCGAGGAAGUGGUGGCAGCCCUCGCGCGGUGGGACAGGCGACGCGCAGAGCGCGCGCGGAGAGUGAGGCCUCUGCCAAGCGGAGACACUGGAACCGUGGAGCGGGGCGAAGGCGAGACCGAAGUUGGAGAGGAGAGCGAGGAGGCGUUUCUGCUUCCGGAAGAAGAGGCGGAAGCGACUGGAUCGGGCGGGAGGCAGCAGGCGUCCGAUGACAGCGGAGAUGACGAGGAUGGCCAGUCCGGCGCUGGAAACUGGAAGCCAAAGUGCGACACGAGAGCCGAAAAAGGCUCAGCCGGACGCUCGCGGCGAAGCGUCUCUUCGUGGCAGCUAUUGGACAGUGAAUCCGAGGCCGAGAACGAGAGUGCAAAUGACGGAAAAGAUGAUCGUGGAGCGAGUGCACUUUGUUCUUUGUCGCCUUCUUCUGCUGUCUCUGCUUCUCGCGCGGCCGUCUCCGACGAGAGUCUGUCGACGGAGAAGCCCGUGAGUCGCCGCGAGCGGCGCGGCGAAGGCUCCACCGUCUGGCGUGGUGCAGGGGGCGCAGGCGUGAGGAAGAAGGAAGAAAAUUCCGAGUCGAACCCGGAGGAAGAACCGUUCUAUUCCCAGUUGACGCCGAUUCCGCUCUACGCUGCCCUGCCGCCGAGGGAACAGUUGAAGGCCUUUCGUCUCCCGGAAGAUCAGGAGCGGCUCGUUAUCGUUGCCACAAAUGUCGCCGAAACUUCCGUAACUCUGCCGAAUGUGCGAUACGUGAUUGACACAGGUCGCGAGAAGCGGCGAGUGUUUGCCUCCGAAGAUGGAGGCGCCUCAGAGGUUUCGUGCGUCUCUCGGUUUCAGAUUUCCUUCAUCACACAGGCCUCAGCCCUCCAGAGGGCAGGGCGCGCAGGCCGUGUCGGGGCCGGUUUCUGCUAUCGCCUGUAUUCGUCGAGCGUCUACGAACACAUUUUCGAGCCGUCCAGCCUCCCCGCGAUCACCACGACGCCCCUCGACUCUCUCCUCCUCUACAUGUCCAAUCUCGCGCGUGCUCUCGCUGGGGCCCGCGAACGUCUGGUGGCGUUGGGGGCCUUGGAGCCCAGAGUGCUUCCAGCGGGCCUGGCUCCGUUCAAAAGGGGACAGCUCGCCAGCGACGGGGCCUUGCACGCACUUGGCGCGCAGCCACCCUCGGGCAAAGGCGGCGAAGAAUACAAGUGCACGAGGCUCGGGGCGAAACUCGCAGACUUUCCGAUCCCGCCGCGCUACGCGAAAAUGCUUCUCUUUGCUUUGCUCAAAUCGCGACAGCUGGGGCCCGACUGCCUCGCCCUCUGCUGUCUCCUCGUCGGCGCCCUGUCUGUGGGGGAGCUGGCGGCUCCGCGCGCGCGUUUCACCCGGCCGCAAGGCGAGAAGCGACAACAGGGCGCGGCCACCGCGGACCACGCGCGAGCCUCAGCAGGCCUCGAGGAAGACAGCGAUGAAGAUGGAGACGACGAAGACGAAGACGAUGAAGACGAGGGCGAGGCGAACGCGAAGGCCCCGGGUUUCCUGUCAGAAGAGCGGGAGAAGGACGCGACGGGGUAUCCGUGGCAGGAGUACAGCAACGACAUCGACGCGUAUCUGUGGAUGUGCGGCGCGUAUUGCCACGCCGUGCAUCGCGGCAAGUUCUGCCGGCGCUUCGGCUUAAAUGCGAAGAAGAUGAAGGACGUCUUUCUGCUCGGGAACCAGCUGGCGGGCAUCCUGCUGCCGCUGUACAUCCGACAGGCCAGCAAGUCAGCAGCGGAGGGGUCCGCAAAAAAGCGAAAACAUGACGAGAAACCCUCCGUUCUCCAACUACCACUCAAACCCCAGCCGCCCUCAGACCGCAUACGGCUCGCUCUCCACGCCUGCGUCCUCGAAGGCCUCGUGGACCAUGUGGCGGUGCUGGUGGAGGCUUCGACAAGACGCGACCUGACCGGGGGAGGCCCUGCGCCUUCCAAAAGCGAAGGCGGGUACCGAACCGCCGAACUCAAGACGGCUGAGGACGGAAGUCAACAGCUCGCCUUUCUCCACCCUUCUUCCAACCUUGCCAAACACCGACUGCGUCCGAAGCUGGUGGUUUACAAUUUCAUCCUGACCACGUCGAGACCUUUCCUGCGAGACUGCCUGGCCAUCGACAGCGAAUCUCUCAGUCUCUGUUCGUCACCGCUGGUGCGCGUUGGCGACUUCCUGGAGAUCCCCGCGCCCGUCUACGAUCCUGGGCGAGACGCGGUGGUGGCGUGGCAGAAGCCCAUGUACACUCCCUUGAGUUUGCCGCUGCCAGCUGUCGAGGGAGAGCUCCCGGAGACGCAUGCACUCUUCUACCCCACGGUCGCGUGCGCCUUUCUGGAAGGCAAACUGUUCCCCAAGUUGGCCGCCUUUGCCUCGAGUCUCAUCGUGGCACCUCAGACGGCGCUGGCAGGGGCCAGGACCUCCUGCCACGCGCUUCGCGAGUUCCUGCUCCCGCUCGAAACCCAUAAGCUGACCUGCAGGAAAGCGUUCGUGCAAAUGUGGAAAGAGAAAAAGGGCUUUCUCCUGUCGGAGUACAUCAAGCUUCAGCGUUUCGCAGACUACAAGAAAAUCCGCGAACUCAGUGACCUGUGGCCGCCCCUCUGA